UAAAAAUGUCUGCGCCCAUGUGGAAUGUAGUCACUCGUCGUUUUUUCAAAAAAACAUGCAGUUCGUGCGGUAUAUUAUCAAAUUUCACACCAACACAGGCUAUUUUGCUGAGACAAUCUCGGAGUAUGACAACGAUUUCUAAAAUGAAAACAAAAUUUGACGAAUCUGUUAAAGAUGUCCUGGAAACAACUUCACAUCGAACUCAUCCUGGAAUUGUAAGACCUAAAGCAGUCAUGCUUCCUGAGCGAUUGCAGAGAAGUAUUGAUGUAGUCUUGCAAUCAUAUACUGGUCGCCAGCUAGCUGAUAAGUCACAAGUAUUGUUUAACUAUCUAUGGAGUAGAAAGCGACCAGUAGAGGUGAAUCAACUCAGAAAACAAGCUAUUGUACUGGCCAAGCAGAUGGGAUUAGAAGAUGAAAAAAGACGCUACAAUGACACAGAGUUACUUGAAGUGAAAGAAAGAAAUAUAUUGAAACAAAAGAAGAAAACGGUCAUUAUGCAACUCAAGAAAAAACUAUACCACUGGAAAGCCAUUCAGUAUACUAAAGAAAUGGGUAUGGUUUAUAUCGCAUCCAAAAUGGCAUCUAACUACAGUGCAAUAUACCGAGUGUUGUAUGAG